CGGGUGAUUGGGUGAAUGAUUGAAUGAGUGAAUGAGUGAAUGAAUGAGUGAGUGUGUGCGCGCGUUAUAAGCUAAAGUUAAGGACAAGACACUUCAGAGGCAAAAACGCGGACAGCCCAACGGGCUGCGCGCGGCACCAGUGGGAGGCGCCCGAGUGUUGAAAGCUGUGCUGUGUGGGGGGCGCUCACUGUGGGGCAGCCAGGCAAGACGUCCUGACCUGCACAAGGUCCUGAGUUUGGGUUUGACCCUCACUUAAACUCCUCUAGCAAAGGGUCCGUGCGGAAUCUGCGUUAUCCGUGUGCUGUGCUCUUUCUGUUGGAUAUGGGAUUCAGCAUCGCCUAAACGCCUGCAGGCACAGUGCUAAGAAUGUGUGCCUGCUGAAUAUCCUGACUGCACGUUGUCCCCUUGUUUUGAGGAGUCUUGCACCCCCUCUGCCUCUUCCUUGUCUAUCUCAUCAUAUUGUGGUGAUCUGACCAUGUCAGCUGAAGUAGAGCCCACUGCUGUGGUUCCAGUAACCCCCACUGGACCCACUUCUGAAUCCACCUCUACUACUGCUGCCACUGAAAUCAGCCCAGCUGUUCCUGCAACAACCACAACACAAACCACAGCUGUAACAAAGGCUCCAUUCUUCUCCAGGGAGAAGAAGAAGGUUCCUGAUAAAACAGAUGAGUACCUGCUGGCCAGGUUUCAGGGUGAUGGAGUGAGAUAUAAAGCUAAGCUGAUUGGUAUUGAUGAUGUACCUGAAGCCCGAGGGGACAAAAUGAGCCAGGACUCCAUGAUGAAGCUAAAGGGCAUGGCAGUAGCUGCUCGUUCCCAAGGAAAACACAAGCAGAGAAUCUGGGUGAACAUCUCUCUGAAUGGGAUUAAAAUCAUUGAUGAGAAGACUGGAGUGAUUGAACAUGAGCAUGUGGUCAACAAGAUCUCCUUUAUUGCUCGUGAUAUCACAGAUAACCGGGCAUUUGGAUAUGUGUGUGGGGCAGAGGGUCAGCACCAGUUCUUUGCCGUCAAGACAGCCCAGCAGGCAGAGCCAUUGGUAAUGGACCUGAAAGAUCUAUUCCAACUAAUUUUCAACAUGAGGAAGAAAGAAGCAGAAGAUGCACAGAAGAAUGAAAUCAAUAAUAUGGUGGUUGAGAAUGGAGGAGAUGCCUUGCUCAGUCUGGAUGGUAAAGUGAGCACUGUAAAAACUGUGGAGCAGAUGGAUCUUUUUGGAGACAUGUCUACACCCCCUGAUAUCAACUCUCCCACGGAUGCUUGGAAAAAUGAAACGGGGCCUGACAGUGUUUUGUUGCUGGAACUUGCUGCUGUGAUUGAUGCCAAUCAGAAUCACCCUAAAGGAAACCCUUUUGUCUCUUAUUCCACUGUUCCUUGUAACACACCCAAUGACACCCCCUUUUCCUCUGUAGACUUAUUCCCAACUCCCAGUCCAGACCAAUGCAAUUAUGAUUCUCUUGCUCUGCAUAGUGGCCACAUUGACCACUCUCCUUCUGCCAUCUCGCCCAAUGAUGUCCCAUCUGUAAUAUCGUCCAAUGAAGGAAUAGGUCUUCUUGACUGUCUCUUGAACGAGCCAGUAGAACAAAACAGCCUAAAUGGAAACUUUUCCACAAAUGGUCAGCCCUUUGGUGGACUGAGUGAAGGCUGUAGCUCACAGAAGAGUGUUAGUAGACCAGUCAGGUUUCCUGGCAGCAAUCCUUUCAUGAAUCAGUCAGUGCAGCCCCCUUCUUCUUGUGACACACUUGAUAAAAUAAUGCUUCCUGUGGCCCAACCUUUCUCUGUGCUGUGUGAUGAGCUUUGUGCAUUGCAGUCUCCUCCCCUCCAUGAUAAUAAAGCUAUUUUCCCACCACCACCUAAGAUCAACCACGUAAGGAGGAGAGAGAAGUCUCCUGGAAAUGACCUGUUUGGGGCCAAUCCAUUUGCACCACCACCCCAAAGUAAUGGUGCUACAACUCAGGCCAACUCUUCCAUUCCAGCAGAUCUGUUCAACCCUACUACCACUUCAUCCAUAGCUGCUCUUGGAUCAAUGACCUUGGGACCGCCAUCAGUUCCUCAGGUCCCUCAGGCAAAUCCAUGGGGUCAGCCAGCACCCUCAUUAUUUCCCCCACAGAGCCAUGUCCCUCAUGCAACAGUCCAAGGUAUACCACCAAAUUCCUUCCCCCAGCCAGCUGCAUUUGGAGGAACAUCAGUACCUCAAUGGGGACAACAGGCACCUUCUCCAUUUGGCUCGACAGCUCCCUCCCAAGCUUGGGGUCAACCAGUAGCAGCGGCAGCACCUAUGGGCAACUGGCCCCUAACAGGUCCCAUGUCUAACCAGUUUCCACCAGGUCAGUUUCCUCCUAUGAUGACCCCUCCAGGAGGAGUGAUGGUAGGCCAACAGCCUUCAAUGGUCCCUCCACGACCUCCGCCACGUCCCCCAGUGAAGGAACCACCGCCUGCUGUUAAAAGUGCCUUUACAGCCUUGGAUCCUCUUGGUGGGAAAGAGCAGAAGACUGGAAAGGACAUGUUCAAAGAUUUCCAGAUGGCUAAGCCUGGAAGUGCCUCCAUGUCUAGCUCAGGCACCAAUGGCUCAUUUGAUCAGUACUUCUCCAAUAAAGUUGGUGUACCCCAGGAGGCAGCUGACCAUGAUGACUUUGACAUCAGUCUGCUUUCUGAAAAAAAUAGUGACCCACCCAGACCUGCAUUUCAGCCUCUCUCUGAAACCACUUUCCCAGGUCAAGCUUCAAGCCUUACCCCUGCCCCAGCUGGAGGACUCUUGGAUGCUGCCUUUGCUCCUUAUCCAGUUACAACCAUAUCUGGCCCAACACCUGCACCAGCUGCCAAACUUUUUGAUGAUACUUUUGGAAGUGACCCUUUUGGAGCACCACCAACAACCAUGAUUGCUUCAGCCACACAAAACAUUGCAAAAACUGAUUCUUUUGGAGACCCUUUUGGAGGAAAUCCCUUUGCCUAAGUAGUGUUCUGUGUCCUGUGCUGUUCAGAAUGGGAGGACUGAAAAAAUCCUGCUGUCUGCAGCACAGUGACCUGAAGAAAACAUUGGACAUUGUGUGUUCCUUCCUUUGGUCUGUACCUCACUGCCCCCUCUAUGUCAGCAUAUUUCUCCUUUUCUUUCUUUCUGUGCUUUUUGUAACUGAUCUCGGGUCAGCCUACCUCUUAAUAAAUCAACUGGUUCCAUUUCCUGAUGUAUUAAAGAAAUUUGAAAAUGAGAUCAGGGGGUGAAUGUGAGGGGAUAAGCAAGAGGAGGGAAGGGGCAAAGGAUGCAUGUACAUGUAUUUGAUGAGAUGCGUUUUUUCUUCUUACUGGCAUUAAAGAAAGCAUGAAGUGAU